GUGAACUUAUUCUUCUUUUUUGUUCUCUCACAACAAUCCGUUCUAUGUCACAAGAAUCCUACUCUCUCUUCACCGAUUCAAAACUCGGACAACCCCAAUGAACGAUCUGGAGCGAGUCAAGAGGGAAGACCCGUUUCUGAUCAAGUAUGAGCCUUCCGAACUCAGAAUCGCGUCGGAGUUCUUAAGCACGUGGCUACCUUUCCUUUCCAGAGAUCUCUGCCACCGAUGCACACAAACCUUCUCCCAACGAAUCCGCUCUCUAGACCCAGGAGAUGCUGCGCUGGCCAACCCUGAUCUGAAUGUAAUCCCUUCUACUCCCAACAAUAAUGAAUUGGAAGAAUUAAAUGAGAAUCUUCAUGAUGAUUGUGCUGUGAAUUCGAUUGGAAGUUCAAAAGAUGAUGAUGCCAACUCAUUGGGUAGUUGGAAAGAUGGGGAAAAUGGAUGGUCUGAACCCAUUGGAGAAGCAUCCACUAGUGGUGGAGUUGCCAGCGUGUCGCCUUUGGUUCGAACCCCGGCUCCCCGUCUAUCAUGGGCAGACAUGGCACAGGAUGAUGAGCUUGAGGAAGAAGAAGAAGAGCAACUGGGGUCAGAGUCAAGCAAGCGGAUUGUUAGUUUAACUGCUGCCACCAGGGAGUUGAAGAUAUCUAAGGGUGUCGAGAAGCCUAAAUUGCCAAGAGAUCAGAGAGAGUACAUUAGGUUUAUGAAUGUGAAGAGGAAGAAAGAUUUUAUAUGUUUUGAGGGAGGUAAUGGGAAGUUUGUAAAUAUUCUCGAGGGGCUUGAACUCCAUGAGGGAAUUUUCAGUGCUGCAGAACAGAAGAGGAUAGUUGACCAUAUUUAUCUGCUUCAGGAGAUGGGGAGAAAAGGAGAGUUGAAAGAACGCACAUAUACAGCACCGCAAAAUUGGAUGCGGGGAAAAGGACGCGUAACCAUCCAAUUUGGUUGCUGUUACAAUUAUGCAGUGGACAAUAAUGGUAACCCUCCUGGGGUUCUACAAAAUGAAUUGGUAUAUCUUAUACCCGAUCUCUUCAAGGUGAUAAUUAGAAGGCUGGUCAGAUGGCAUGUGCUUCCUGCGACUUGUGUGCCUGACAGUUGUAGAGUCAAUAUAUAUGAAGAAGGCGACUGCAUACCUCCUCACAUUGACAACCAUGAUUUUGUUAGACCAUUCUGUACUGUAUCGUUUCUUAGUGAGUGCAACAUACUUUUUGGGUCAAACUUGAAGGUUGUAGAUGCUGGUGAGUUUUCUGGGCCAACUGCAAUUCCUCUACCUGUGGGGUCAGUUCUGGUUUUAAAUGGAAAUGGAACAGAUAUUGCUAAGCAUUGUGUGCCUGCAGCUCCUACUAAGAGGAUAUCGAUCACAUUUAGGAGAAUGGAUGAGUUGAAACGACCAGUAGGAUAUACUCCAGAACCUGAUUUGCAAGGCAUUGAACCGUUGACAUAUGAUGCACAAAGACCAAAGGGAUUAAAUUCACCUAGAUCAGUCGGUGCACAGAGACCAAGGGGAAUAAAUUCACCUAUAUCUGAACAGAGACCAAGGGGAAUAAACUCAUUUAUAUCUGAACGCCGUGUAAAAUUCAACCAUUUAGAAGAGGGGAAGUGAAAGGCUUUACAGAGAUUAAUGAACAAUCGGAAUGUCGAUCCUCAACCCAGCCUCGAAGAGGCUCUUCAUAUAAGAGAAGGUUCACAGUGAAUCAGAGCAGGCAAUGAGUUGCUGCAUGUCUAAUGUGCACAUUAUUUCUCCGUUCUGGUUAUCGAUCAUUUCGGCAUUUGUGAUUGGUAUAAAAUCUUAUUUUGAAGCCCUGGAAUAGAUUGCGGAGUUAAGUAAUAGGGUUAGGUUGGAAGUUUAGAGGGUGUGUGUGAUGUCACAUUUCUGAAAAAUCAUAGCUCAGGUUCUCAUUGAGGUUUGUAAUUAUAUAAAACGAU